GAUUUGAUUUCUACAGAGAACAAGCAGAUGUGAAAACUGUACCAAAAAGUUAUAAAGAAAUAGGUAAAACAGGUAAAAUAUGGAAAGAAAUCAAAAAACGUAAAAAUGAAAUUCCCGAUAAACUAUAUAAAAAAUUACGCGAUACAUGUAUAGAUUCUUAUAAUUAUCUAGACAUGAAACUAAAAUUGAUCGUUGCAACUUCAUGGAAAAGUUAUACAACCAAAUAUAAUGAAUCAAAAAAAAAAGAUUAUGUUAUGGACAAUAUAAUUAAAAACCUAACAGAAUAUCAAGACGAAAAAAUUUACAACUCUCUAUUACACGAAUGGGAAGAAAAGUCUUUUGUAAUAUUUGAAGAAUUUCGUAAUAAAAAUAUGACAUACAAAUAUAAAGAUUAUUUAA